CUCAGGGCGACGUGGCGGGCGGGAGUACGGAAGCCGCAGGGAGAAGCAGUUCUCCCAGCUACUCUGAGCAUCCUCCUGCUGCGUGGAGCUACCGCUGACACCAUGUUGAAGAAAUUCGACAAGAAGGACGAGGAGUCUGGUGGAGGCUCCAACCCCCUCCAGCACCUGGAGAAGAGCGCAGUGCUCCAAGAGGCUCGGGUCUUUAAUGAAACUCCUAUCAACCCCCGGAAAUGUGCCCACAUCCUCACCAAGAUCCUUUACCUCAUAAACCAGGGGGAGCACCUAGGGACUACUGAAGCCACGGAGGCUUUCUUUGCCAUGACCAAGCUCUUCCAGUCCAGCGAUCCCACACUCCGCCGCAUGUGCUACUUGACCAUCAAGGAGAUGUCCUGCAUCGCUGAGGAUGUCAUCAUUGUGACGAGCAGCCUGACAAAAGACAUGACUGGGAAAGAGGAUAAUUACCGUGGUCCUGCUGUCCGUGCCCUCUGCCAGAUCACUGAUAGCACCAUGCUGCAGGCUGUUGAGCGCUACAUGAAACAAGCGAUUGUGGACAAGGUUCCCAGUGUCUCCAGCUCCGCCCUUGUGUCUUCCCUGCACCUGCUGAAAUGCAGCUUUGAUGUGGUCAAGCGCUGGGUAAACGAGGCCCAGGAGGCGGCGUCCAGUGAUAACAUCAUGGUACAGUACCACGCCCUAGGACUUCUAUACCAUGUGCGGAAGAAUGACCGCCUGGCUGUGAGUAAGAUGAUCAGUAAGUUCACCCGGCAUGGCUUGAAGUCCCCCUUUGCCUACUGCAUGAUGAUCCGCGUGGCCAGCAAGCAACUAGAAGAAGAAGAUGGCAGCCGUGACAGCCCGCUGUUUGACUUCAUUGAAAGCUGCCUGCGCAACAAGCAUGAGAUGGUGGUGUAUGAAGCUGCCUCAGCCAUUGUCAACCUGCCAGGCUGCAGUGCCAAAGAGCUGGCCCCUGCCGUGUCAGUGCUCCAGCUUUUCUGUAGCUCACCCAAGGCUGCACUUCGCUAUGCUGCUGUGCGCACCCUCAACAAGGUGGCCAUGAAACACCCAUCAGCAGUAACUGCCUGCAAUCUAGAUCUGGAGAACCUGGUUACAGACUCAAACCGUAGCAUCGCCACAUUGGCCAUCACCACCCUUCUCAAGACAGGGAGCGAGAGCAGCAUUGACCGUCUUAUGAAGCAGAUUUCUUCCUUCAUGUCGGAGAUCUCAGAUGAGUUCAAGGUGGUGGUUGUCCAGGCCAUCAGCGCCCUGUGCCAGAAGUACCCUCGGAAGCACGCUGUGCUCAUGAACUUCCUGUUCACCAUGCUAAGGGAGGAGGGUGGCUUUGAGUACAAGCGUGCCAUUGUGGACUGCAUCAUCAGCAUCAUUGAGGAGAACUCAGAGAGCAAGGAGACAGGAUUGUCACACCUGUGCGAGUUCAUCGAGGACUGCGAGUUCACUGUGCUGGCCACUCGCAUCCUGCACCUGUUGGGCCAGGAGGGGCCCAAGACCAACAACCCCUCCAAGUACAUUCGCUUUAUCUACAACCGUGUGGUGUUGGAGCAUGAAGAGGUUCGGGCAGGUGCAGUAAGUGCUCUGGCCAAGUUUGGAGCCCAGAACGAAGAGAUGUUGCCUAGUAUCUUGGUGUUGCUGAAGAGGUGUGUGAUGGACGAUGACAAUGAAGUGAGAGACAGAGCCACCUUCUAUCUGAACGUUCUGGAGCAGAAGCAGAAGGCUCUCAACGCAGGUUACAUCCUAAACGGUCUGACCGUGUCCAUCCCUGGUCUGGAGAAAGCCCUGCAGCAGUAUACGCUGGAACCAUCAGAGAAGCCAUUUGACCUCAAGUCUGUGCCUCUGGCCACCACGCCUAUGGCAGAGCAGAGACCAGAAAGCACCGCUGCCGCAGCCGUCAAACAGCCGGAGAAGGUGGCAGCCACACGGCAGGAGAUUUUCCAAGAGCAGUUAGCAGCGGUGCCUGAGUUCCAGGGGCUAGGGCCCCUCUUCAAGUCCUCUCCUGAGCCAGUGGCCCUCACUGAGUCCGAGACUGAAUAUGUCAUCCGUUGCACCAAACACACCUUCUCUGACCACUUGGUGUUCCAGUUUGACUGCACAAACACCCUCAAUGACCAGACUCUGGAGAAUGUCACAGUGCAGAUGGAGCCCACUGAGGCAUAUGAAGUGCUCUCCUAUGUGCCUGUGCGGAGCUUGCCCUACAACCAGCCUGGGACCUGCUACACGCUAGUGGCUCUGCCCAAGGAAGACCCCACGGCUGUGGCAUGCACGUUCAGCUGUGUGAUGAAGUUCACUGUUAAGGAUUGUGACCCCAACACAGGAGAAAUCGAUGAAGAAGGCUAUGAGGAUGAGUAUGUGCUGGAGGAUCUAGAAGUUACUGUGGCCGAUCACAUCCAGAAAGUCAUGAAAGUGAACUUUGAAGCAGCCUGGGAUGAGGUUGGGGAUGAGUUUGAGAAGGAGGAAACUUUCACCCUGUCUACUAUCAAGACACUUGAAGAGGCUGUGGGCAAUAUUGUGAAGUUCUUGGGAAUGCACCCUUGUGAGAGGUCAGACAAAGUGCCAGAAAACAAGAACACUCACACGCUGCUGCUAGCUGGAGUGUUCCGGGGUGGUCAUGACAUCCUUGUGCGUUCCCGGCUCCUGCUUUUGGACACAGUGACGAUGCAGGUGACAGCCAGAAGCUCAGAGGAGCUGCCAGUAGAUAUCAUCUUGGCAUCCGUGGGCUAAAGAUCUGGCGUAAGCCCUACUCCUAUCUUGACCAACACUACGUCGAAGCCACUUCUUCCCUGUGAAGCCGUGGAAACCCUUCCCCCAGACCACUGUGUUCGGAAACAAUCAAGAAUCAAUACAGAUUUUUUUUAAUUCCAUCCUAUCAUUCAGGAAUGCUAGGGUAGAUUUUUGUCACCCUGCCUGCUAGGAGAUGUCACAAAUGAAUAAAAUGUUCAGACUUUCUCUAAUAUUUAUACCCAAAGAAACUGUCUCAUCCCUAUAGUAAGUCAGCAUGUAUUUCUUGAAUGACUGCUGCUUCUGCAGGCUUGUGCUCAGGGCCUUCACUUCUCCGUGAGGCCUCCCUUCACCAAAUGGAGCAUGUGCAUAUCCCCUUGGGACUGUGUCAGUGCCAAGCUUAGGAUGGGGCUAAAGGCUAGCCAAGUGACAACCACUAGCAGAUCUGAUAAGCCACUCAUCUUCAGGCAUUUGUAGAUGCAUGGGUCUCCAAAGGGUCCUUCACUGGGGUGUUACAUGAUUAGCUUUGGAUUAGAGGGUGUCCUGACCUGCUCUGGGUCUGUGAGGGGAAAACAGUAUCUCCUGCUGGGCUGGAGUGAGAAAUCCUAGGGUGUGCCUCAGGGCUUGGGCUUUGACUCACUUCAGGUGGUUUUAAACCUGGAAACACCUGAAGAACUCCUAUGGGGCUACCCAGGUGGCUCAGCAGGUAAAGUUAAGGUUGGUAGAAGAGAACCAUUUUGCAAGAGUUGCCUCCUGACCUCAUGCACACCUGUAUACUGUAUGCACAUACACAUGUACACGCUAGAACAUGGGCCUGCACCUUUAGGAUGAAUCUCAUAACCUGAGAUCAGGCUACGCCUGAGCAAAGUUAAGCUGUCUUUGCUAUGGCCUAUUUCAUGACUAUGGUCCUGGCUCCUCGGUCACGCCUGCAGUGUUGAACUAAGUCGUGGCAUGUGAAAUUUCCUAACAGGUUAUAAGGAAGGAGUCAGAUUUCUCAUUUGGGGGGUUUUCUCAGGUAGGUGACCUGAGGGCUGCUCCCUAAAGACAAUUCCUCUGCCCCCCACCUCUCCUCCUGGGGACUUUGGAGCAGCUGUCCUUGCCUGGCCUCUCUGCUACUUUGCAGCCCUUUAUGAAAGGCCUCUCCAGGCUUUAAAGGAGAGCCUGACCUUCAAGGCCACAUCAAGCUUAGACCUUCAUGAUUGUAUUCUUUCUGCCUAAUACCCUCCCCUUCUACUCCCAGGCCUGUUCACAGCUGGAAGCCAUUCCAUUCAAAUAAACUUCACUAAAGAAAU